GCCAGACUACGACAAGCAACUAGACGCCCACUAACAGCAGAGAACAUUAUCAAUCUGUAAGUACUAUUCCGCUACUGUUACUUGAUAUCUGCAUAUGUCGGGAACUAAUCUUUGAUUAUUUAUAGACUCACCUCUAACUACACAGCGCUACCUUCACCAACGUACGACCACCAAACAACCACCCAUCACCACAAAAAUGCCUCCACCACCAAAUAAACAUAGCAGUGCGCAUAAAGCCAAUGCCUCGCGGCUCCUUCCCGGCUUUCCAUCAACGAUCUUCCCGUCAACAUUAAAUUCUCCUCCUCCUCAACCCGAAAGGGCCAAUACUACUCAACCCGAUUCACCCUACCGCAUCGCAUCUCGAAACAGUAAACACGCUACCGUCUAUAAAACACCCUCCUCCUCCGCCACUCCUCUUCCUCCACAAACAAACACAAACACAAAACUAUCCCCAUCCACUUCAAGACCCUUUGUCCUCUCUUCCUACAUGACGACUUCUUCUUCUACAAACAAUACUACAAAGCUAUUAUCACCAAUAAACUUCCAACACCGAGAACCUCGAGUCGAUUCUCCGCCUCUUCAAAACCAGCGCGUAUUCUAUUCACCGUCCGUGUACUCGGAAGAGCGGGCAACGAUGGCUAGUCAGGGUGACAAUGAGGCUGUUGCUGAGCGUAGCAAUAACCUACCCUCGAAUAUUGAGUGGCUGAAUGCUGACGUGUUCAGGCGACCUCCGAAUUGAGCUUGAGGAAUCUGGUGGCGCAGAGGAUCCGAUAGACGAGGUCGAGGAGGUUGAGCGAGAGAUGAGUGAAGAGGAUGCACGAGACGAUGUUCGAGAUAUUGCACAAGACGUUACCGAGGAAGUUUCCCAGGGCAAUCCUGCAGAAGAUGAUACCGAAGCCACGCGAGAGAAGGGUGAAGAGAUAUUGCACGAUGUUACCGAAGAACCUCCACAAGACAAUGCUGUAGAAGUUUAUAACAAUGCCGCAGAGGCUACGGCAGAU